UUGAAUAGCGUUCUUCUGCGUUGACCGAGGCUCCGUUCCCCAUCAUCGUUUGCUUGACGUUAGAAACGGAAUUGGAGAAUGCAGGCAGCGUCGCGUACCCCUAACUCGAUUCUGAGGAAGCGGCCUAACAAGGAGAAUGAGGACGCAGCUGUCAAGGCCGCUAAGAGGAAGAACUUGCGCGAACGCCGCGUGAGCUUCGCCCCGGACGACGAGCUUGAGACUAAGCACAUCUUCAAGGAGGAUUUCUCGCGCGAUGACCGCAACUCACUCGAGCUUCGGGUGCCCAGCCCCCUGGACCCCGCCGGUAUCAGUGCUGCAGCGGGAGCUACGGACACAUUGGCCCCGGCGCAGCUAUACGGCGGCCACUCUGCUGAGCCGCCGGCCGUGCUGCCGAGCCCCGGCGCGCUGUCACCGCUAUCGAUGGACCUAACCAACAACAGCUUUGAGCAGGGCCACAUGGCUGCAGCGAUGGCGCAAGCCGCAGGGCAUCCGGGCCUUGCCGGGGCGCUGCUACCCGCACAGCACCAGCAGCAGUACCACCACGCAGACUUCACACGCAACAUCACCAUGAACGUCCCGAACCUAUCCACGUUGGUGGAAGAGGACGAGGAGGAGUACGCAGCUGCAGAUGCAGUUAGCGGCGGCGUGGCAGCAUGCGGUGGCGUGCCGGAGUCGCCCCUAACUGGCGAGGUCGCCAAGGCGGGUGCUGCAGGCGAUGGACUGGGGGCGCCGUCGCCCAUUAGCCCGUACGUCCUUCGUGAGAUGCAGCGGGGCGGGUCCGGUGGUGAUGACGACGAGGUGCGCAACCGCUGGGGCUUCACCCCCGGCGCAGAUGACACGCUGGAGGUCAGCUUCGGCCGCGCUGUUAUGGGCGAGCAGACCUACAACCAUGUGUACGGUGGCACGACCACCGGUGACCUCACCAAGGCCAUCAAGGAUGGCCACACCGGAGGCCAGCACUACGGUCAGCACGGCGCCGUUACACGCGCGCUGGCUGCGAUCACCGCAGCACGCACGGGGGCCGGGGCAGCUGGAUCGCCGGGGCGUGGCCAGGCGGGCACAGCACACACAGGCGCUGGGCCCAGCGCCGCUGCCUCAGCACGUGACACCCAAAGCGACAUGGAUAUCAGUGCGGGGCCCAGCCUGGGCGCACCGGCUGCGGCGCCACAGCAGCUCGGCCGCCAGGGCUCCAACCCGCAGCCGCACCUAAUGACGCAGCCGUUCCAGGUACCCAUGCACGUGCCUGCGCCGCUGCCGCACAACACGCCGUUCCUUGACAACACCACCAAGCUGCUGGAGGACGACCAGACCGACGCCUGGCGCCUGCCCGGCGCCGGCAACAACUAUGACCGCGGCCGCCUCAGUGUGGCCAGCAACAGGGUGCUGGCGCCAGGCGGCCGCCGGGCGGCUGCAGCCGGUGGGGCGGGCGGGGGCGAGACGACCAUGCUGCUGGGCCCGACCACGCAGCUGCUGGCGACGGGCGGCAAUGCCACCGCGCAGCUGCUGGCGGACACGACCAACCAUAAGGCGGCAUAUGACCGGUUCAUGCGUAAUCGGCAGGCGCCACCGUCUGCAGCCCCCGUGCUCAGGCCGAGCACACGUGGUGGUCUUGCCGACGCCACGGCGGUGUCCAGCAGCGCCGCGGAGCUGCGGCGCCUGGCGGCACAGGACAACACCAACAUGUCCAUGGACCUGAGCAUGUCGCCCUGCGGCCAGGCCGCCAACGGCACCAGCAACGACCUGCUGGCUGACGCCGGCGGUCUGUCACUGGACGCCUUCCAGCUGCCGCCCGAACCGACCGUCAACCUGUCACAGCAACAGCCGCAGAUGCGGCUGGUGCAGCCAGCCGAGGCACCGGUGCGCCAGGCGGCACCGCAGAUUACCUGCCAGGAGUUCCUGUCCUUCAUCGACGUUAGCUUCAAUGACAAGGUCUGCCGCACCUCGUACCUGCCCCAAUCGGACCCGCCGCCCAAGACGGUGGCGGAGGUGUACGAGGCGGCGGUGGUGACGGCGCCGCAGGUGACGGCCUACCAGGCCAUGAUGGUGGAGGUGUCCAGCCGCCUGGCCAACAUGCAGAGCCGUGUGCAGCAGCUGGAGGCGGAGCUCAGUGGCAGCAACCCCGAGCUGUUCGCAGCGGUGCAGACGGUGCCGGCGGCGCAGCUGGAGACAAUCAAGGAGCAGUUCAUCAGCCUGAAAAAGCUGUGCCGCAUCCGCACGGUGAAGGCCAUCAAGCAGACGCACCUCAACUCGCUUGAUGAGCUGCUGUCACAGCUGAGCAACAGCAAGGCCAAUCUGCAGACGGAGCUUGCGGCCAUGACGGCGGGCGUGGAGCGCCUCAACAAGUGCACACAGGACAAGACGGCCCUCGCAGCCGCCAUCGCGCACCGCUGCGCCGAGGACGACGCCCAGCAUGAGGCGGCGCUGCAGCGGCGGAAGGUGAUGGAGGCGCACCUGCAGCGGCUGGAGGCAUUGCGCGCACAGAACGCGCAGCGGCGGCAGCGCCUGGAGGAGGAGCGCGCCGAGCGCCAGGCCAUCGAGCAGAACCGGGUGCCCAAGGAGACGCUGGAGCAGGAGCGCAGCAUGCUGGAGGCGCGCAUCUCCGCCCUCAGCGUGCGCAGCAGCUCGUCAGCUAUGACGCCGGGCCGCGAGGGCGAGCUGGUCAAGCAGGUGGCGGCAAAGCGCGAGGAGGUGGAGGCACUGCUGGGGCUGCACGCCAUGCGGAUAGACCUCUCCAGCAUGGACAGCAAUGGCAGCUUCAACUUCAUCUUCCGUGGCUCAUGCCGGGUUACAUGCACAGCGGCUAGUGACAUGUGCCGCAUUCAGGUGGAGCGACUGGAGGGAUCCUGCAAGCCCGGGGCCCUGGCGCCGAGCGUGGAGGCGGCUCUGGGCGCGUCGGCUGCUGAGCUGAGUUGCCAGGUGCCCCGCGCGCAGCUGGCGCUGCGGAUGGAGGCCAUCACCAGGCAGCUGCAUCGCAUGUGGCGACUGGCGCAGCAGCUGGAGGCCAGCUGGCUCACACACAACUGUAUGCAGCGGCCGCUGGUCGAGGACUGCGCCGCCACCAGCAGUUCCGCGGGCAGCAUCGGCGGCGGGCGCACCCUGUUGCUCAGCUUCCUGAACGCGGACACAGUGACCAAGGUGGCAAUCCGCGUGCCCUGGCGUGAGGCGCUGCGGGCGGACACGGUGGUACCAACACUCAGUGUUACGAUUCAGAACCUGGAUGCGGAGGACAUGCAGCGGCAGGCGAGCGAGGUGGUGAACGCCACGGUGCUCAGCCGCGUGCCAGCGGGCCCAGGGUACCUCGCCUCGUUGUGCCUGGCCAUGAGCGUGACGCUCCAGGUGCCAGCAGCAGCAGCAGCAGCAGCAGCAGCCUGUGGCACUGGCAGUGCCGGGAGCGGCGCCGCGGCGGAGUCACCGGCCGAUGGCACAGAUGCGGGGGCCGACAGCGGGACACCCGUGGGCUCGCAGGCCCGGGAGGGAGGCCGUGUGUUCAACAACCCUCUCUUUGGGGGAGAAUGAGCAGGAGCAGAGUUAGCGUGGCAUGUGACCCUCGGGGUGAUCUCAGAUUGCUGCACACCACUAUGUUAUGGAUGUAUGCGGUACCAUGCACUUGUGUGAUAGCGCAUCAGCGCCUUGGCUCUGGUCGGGCAGGCCCGCACGGCAAAACCUUUGUGUGUCCAUGGAAGGCCGGCGGACGCACGGCGGAUGAAUUUAUGACUCCUGCGGCAGCCGUGCGACCACCAGCGUUAUAAACAAGGCCUGUGGUUGUUUCCUGUUGUUUGGCCUGUGAAACUGUGGUGCCCGCCGCGUGGCGAGGGAAUAUUUGCGGUGCAUCAGGCGUGGGGCCGGCCUCAGAAGGGUUGUACUCUGAGGCGCCCAGUGCAUCACGUACAUGAGACAACAUCGCUAGUCCUUUGUACACACAAGUAGCCCGAGGAAUCCGGAGUGACCCUCAUUCCAAACUCUAAGUUUUCGACGGCUCCA